GGUUAGUGUUUAAUUGAGCCUUAAGGCCUCCAGUUCUCAGUGUCAGGGAUGGCAGACAAACACCUUAAGGUUUUUUAUGUGCUGCUUCUGCUCUCAGUUUGCAGUGUACUAGUGUAUUUUCCAUGGGAAUAUUCAUUGAGCAGAAUCAGAUGGCCAUCUUUGUCAGGAAAAGUAAGACACAGAGCUCACAAGUUGUUUUUCGACUUGGGAAUGGAAAAAGGAAACUCCACUUCAGCUGAUGUGUUAGCACAGAAAACAAAACUUCCUGAUUACAUACAAACAAAUGAUCAAAAUGGACCUAUACGAGGCGUUGUGGCUGAGACUCCCAUGCCCGUCCUCAUCAGAAGCUCCUUCAAGAAGCUUCCUGAGUGGGAUUUUGAGGAUAUUUAUAACCAGGAUGCUCCACCCAGACAGACAACGUGUGCCAAUUCUCUGCGAAACUCUGAGGAUGAGAGCUUUAAGAAGAAUUUCCUUCCCAACAUACGGUUGUAUAUGCACAAAGACAACGUCAACAUGAGCGAGUGGAACCGGCUGUCGCAUUUUAACAAUCCCUUUGGUUUUAUGGGGUUUAAGCAUGAUGAUGUAAUGACUUCAGUGAAGUUAAUCCCAAAGCCCAAGGAGCCACUUCUCCUUCCAAAGCCAGGCGGUGAUGGGUGUGUGACCUGUGCUGUGGUGGGUGCUGCGGGAAUACUCAAUGGAUCAAAAAAGGGAAAAGAGAUCGAUGCUCACGAUUACGUUUUCCGGAUGAACGGCGCGAUCACCAAAGGCUACGAGGAAGACGUGGGAGGCAGAACGUCAGUGUACGUUCACACAGCCCACUCCAUCACUAGUUCACCAUAUAUGUUAAGGGCUUAUGGAUACAAAAAUGUCCCUAAUGAUGAGGGCAUAAAAUAUGUGAUGAUUCCUGAAGGAAUGAGGGAUUUCAAUUGGCUCGAGGGACUUCUCAAAGGAGAAAGGAUCGGUGAAGGCCCAUAUAAAAACAGGAGGCCACGGACGUACUAUGCAGGGCAGUACAACGAGACGCGCUUCUAUGUUCUUCACCAGGAUUUCCUCAGAUACGUGCGAAACAGGUUCAUAAAGUCUAGUGGUCUGCUUUCUCCACACUGGGCGAUAGUCAGACCCACCAAUGGGGCAUUCACUCUCUUCCUAGCUCUGCACACCUGUGACACUGUGAGUGCAUAUGGAUUCAUGACUGAAGACUAUAGUAAAUACUCCAACUACUACUUUGAGAAGAUCAAGAAACGUAUUGUUUUCUACGCCAACCACGACUAUCUCAUGGAGAAAAAUGUGUGGAAAAGCCUACACAACACGAAAAUCCUGAAGCUAUAUCAAAGAACAAAUUCAGAACAGGAGCCAGAAAAGGAAAAUAAACUGAUACUGUGAGAA